AUGGACAGAGCCAGCAGCCGAGGAAGAAGCAUGUCUCCGUCAGGACUUUUUGAAAGAAGAUACAGUACUCAUGAACGGCUCAUAGAACGAGAAGAAGAUCACGGUGAAGACUCGGGUUCCGGAGACGAGUCAGGUAACGGCAGUGACUCUGAUGUGGGCGAUGAUGGGAGGGUUAGUGAUGAAGAUCCUUCCCCCGCUGAGGGCGAGGACGACAACGAGGAGCGAACGGUCACAGAAGAACGCACCAUAACCAAAAAGCACACGGCCACGCAAACGGUGACCACAAGCCCGACGGCAAGUGAUGCCCAGAAGCUCUAUCACUCGCUUACCCCGGAUUUCAAGUCACAUCUGGAACCAGCAACCUGGUCACGAUUCAUUCGACCACAUACUGCAGUUCUAGACAUUAGCGGUAUCGCAGCGUCCACUUCGGGACCUAUCCCUACAGAAGCUUCAACGUCAUCCAGCUCAACGCCACCGGUGAGGACAACCACCAACCCUAAAAGGAAGUCCUUCCCGUCUACGACGUUGAUUUCACCUGUGUAUCCGACAACAUGGGACAGCCAGGACUUGGCUGGCGAAGCAACGACGGGAGCCGAUGCGACAGUGGUACAUGGAGGCCCGUCGCCGGGGCACGGUGAUGACAGCACUGGUCAUACAAAGCGCCCUUCAAGCCCAAAAACAACACCAACGACUGUAGAUGGGGUCACGAGACCAGAAAGCUUUUCAACUCGCUCUGAACUCCCAGCUACCUCGCCUACCUUGGGUACACACCCGGCGGACAGUGUGAAAGCCUCUGAAGGAAAGCAGAAGAGUUCGUCAGGCGAUGUGCUGAAGAAGGGAGCCAUCAUUGGCGCUAUAGCUGGCCUCGUGGUCUUCGGCGUCCUCCUCUUUUUCCUCUGGCGCAAACGCAAACACAACAAGAAGCGCCACAGCAAUUUUGCUUCCAGUAAUAUCCUCACUUCAACCUCAAAGAGUGCCGAAAAGCUUCCAGAGAAGGACCCUUAUCCGUUCGAUGACAAGGGUGGUAGAGGAAGCAUUGGAGGUGAAAGCAUAGGAGGAACAUCCCAAAGAACUUUUGAAGGUGUCGCCACAGCCAUCCGCACUUCGAUACGGCAAUCCGUCAGCGAUGUCAGCGUCGGCGCUACAGAUCCCGGCCCCGUCAGCCCUGUCAGCCCCAGCGCCGAUGCUGCCAGUCUCGGUGGUCUUUCGUCCCUUUCGCGCCGGUCGAGUCUCUCGUAUGCCUCGGACGAUUACUUCUGCGGAGAGAGUGCUACCAGCACCGCGAGCAGCAUCUGCCAAGCCACUGCGCUGACAUACACUAUACCCGGGCGGGUAACGCCCGUCAUACCUGCAUACCCGGCUACGGCGAAAAUUGUGAAUCUCUCACAGAAGCCUCAGAAGCCGGAGUUGGUGAUGGUGAGGAAUACUAGGAAUAGUAGCACUGUGGAGCUUCUGGGUUUGAGUCGGAAUCCUAGCAAGAGUACAAUUGGAAAACCUGGGAAGGGACAGUGGGAUAAAGAGGCUUGUGGAUGUGGUGGUAAUAGGGCGUCGAAAUCGCCGGAGGUAUCAACACCACCGAUGGCAGCAAGGACUUUGUAUGAAGCUCUCGGGGGAUCAGGACCAGGACCGACAUCCCCUCCUUCAUCGUGA